AUGAGUGAGAAGAAAGGCGGAGAGGACUCGUACGACUUGGAAUUCAAAGCAGCGGAAGACGAUGCCUGGUACAGUGUCUCGGUUGCGUUGGACACGGUGGCCCAGACCCUUACCGUGAAGUACUCGUGCUCCCCGGAGGUGUAUCAAGUGACCUUCUCUGCGGGGGGUUUCAAGACGGAGCUGGAAGUGGAGGAGCUAGCCACACGUUUCCGACCCGUUUCCCGGCAGGUUCAGGAUACUCAGUGCCGUCAGCUCGAGGUCGGGACCACUGUGUGCGCUUCUCAUGGCACCACCCAACAAGAUCUCAGGUUUUACGAUGCAGUUAUUGAAGCAGUGAACCACCGGACCCAUUCGUUUGCUGGCGAAGAAGAGGAGUGUUUGUGCAAGUUUGUGCUUUUCUGGCUGCAUGGACGUGGCCGUGGUACUUUAACCUCUGCCAGCAUCGCAAACAUAUGCACUUUAGAACCUCUUUCUGAAAUUGAUCCUAGAAUCUCUGCUUUUCUGAUAUUGGCCAAAGAGGAAGUCCGUUCUUCCAAGUCUAUAUCUGGUCUUCGUAGUUUUGGGCCAGGAUCCAAAGGGUCAUCAUCUGAUAAAAGCAAUAGUUCUAUGACUAUUGAACCGUCUAGGAACACUCAUGGUAGGACAUGUGUUCAUUCAUGGAGGAUUAACAAUUAUGAACAGUGGACAAGUCAAGAUGAAGAUAUAGGGCCACAAGAUGGUUUGGCUCUGGCAAAACACCGGCAUUUUAUUCUAAUCCAUAAUUUGGAGAAAGAUAUAAUCCCCUCAUCAAUCAAGAAAUUCAUCUACAAGAAAACCAAUAUCCUGUCACAAGCAUUUGUUUUCCCAAGACAGUCAUUAGACCCAUUUGCAAGAGGAGCCAUUGUGGUGGAUUGUGAAAAGAAGGCUCAGAUUAUCUAUGAUUUUUUGGAUAAUCCGAACUACAUAAUUGAAUCUUCAAGGGGCAGGUAA